GGGAGCCGCCGCCGAUUGGCUGAGCCGCCGUCGGUCAGCGAGGUCCCGGCUACCCCCCCCCCCCCAACGGGCCAGCGAAGCCGGGUUUCGGUGUCAUGGCGUCGCCUUGAGAGUUGUGUUGAGGGGGGGAAGAGACAGACGGAGACGGAAACCUCUCGGCCCGGGACAAUCAAUUCUGACUGACCGACUGAGCGAGGGAGGGGGAGAGCGAGAGAGAGACACGGAGCACCGGCCGCCGGCGCCAUGGAGGCCGCUCACACCCGCACCGUGGACGAGGUUCUCCGGCAUUUCGGGGUCAACGAGACCACCGGCCUAGGGCCCGAACAACUCCGCAAGGGGAGGGACAAGUGGGGACCGAACGAACUCCCAGCGGAAGAAGGAAAGUCCCUCUGGUCUCUGGUACUCGAUCAAUUUGAAGAUUUACUGGUGCGGAUAUUACUGCUUGCGGCCUGCAUCUCAUUUGUACUGGCCUGGUUUGAGGAAGGAGAGCAAACUAUCACAGCUUUUGUGGAACCAUUUGUCAUCCUGUUGAUCCUCGUAGCAAACGCUAUUGUGGGCGUUUGGCAGGAGAGGAAUGCGGAGAAUGCAAUCGAGGCACUGAAGGAGUACGAACCUGAGAUGGGGAAGGUUUACCGGCACGAUCGGAAGAGCGUCCAGCGGAUCAAAGCCCGGGAUAUUGUGCCCGGGGAUGUCGUUGAGGUGGCGGUGGGAGACAAAGUGCCUGCUGAUAUACGGCUUACCUCAAUCAAAUCGACGACACUCCGCGUGGACCAGUCGAUACUCACAGGAGAGUCUGUCUCCGUCAUUAAACACACGGACCCAGUCCCGGAUCCUCGUGCCGUCAACCAGGACAAGAAGAACAUGUUGUUCUCGGGCACCAACAUUUCAGCCGGCAAGGCUGUCGGCGUGGUGGUGGCCACGGGAGUCAACACCGAGAUCGGGAAGAUCCGGGACGAGAUGGUUGCCACCGAGCAGGAGCGGACGCCCCUGCAGCAGAAGCUGGACGAGUUCGGGGAGCAGCUCUCCAAGGUCAUCUCCAUCAUCUGCAUCGCCGUGUGGAUCAUCAACAUCGGCCACUUCAACGACCCGGUCCACGGGGGCUCCUGGGUGCGGGGAGCCAUCUACUACUUCAAGAUCGCUGUGGCCCUUGCGGUGGCCGCCAUCCCCGAGGGGCUGCCGGCCGUCAUCACCACCUGCCUGGCACUGGGCACCCGGCGCAUGGCCCGCAAGAACGCCAUCGUCCGCAGCCUGCCCUCCGUCGAGACGCUGGGCUGCACCUCGGUCAUCUGCUCCGACAAAACCGGCACGCUCACCACCAACCAGAUGUCCGUCUGCCGGAUGUUGAUCGUGGAGAAGCUGGAGGGCGAUCGCAGCAAGCUGAACGAGUUCACUGUCACCGGGUCUACGUACGCCCCUGAGGGUGAAGUAUUGAAAAAUGGGCGAUUGGUAAACUGUGCGCAGUAUGAUGCCCUGGUGGAGCUGGCCACCAUCUGUGCCAUGUGUAACGACUCGUCGCUAGAUUAUAAUGAGGUGAAAGGAGUUUACGAGAAGGUGGGCGAGGCCACAGAGACUGCCCUGUGCUGCCUGGUGGAGAAGAUGAAUGUAUUUGACACAAACCUUAAAGGGCUGACGAAGGUGGAGAGAGCCAACGCAUGCUGCUCGGUCAUCAAACAGCUGAUGAGGAAGGAGGUGACCCUGGAAUUCUCUCGGGAUCGCAAGUCCAUGUCUGUUCUCUGUUACCCCAACAAACCCACCCGCAGCUCUGCAGGAGCCAAGAUGUUCGUCAAGGGUGCUCCGGAGGGUGUGAUCGAGAGGUGCCGCUUCAUCCGGGUGGGCUCCGACAAGUUCCCUCUGACAGCGCCCCUGAAGGAGCAGCUCCUCGGGGUGAUCCGGGAGUGGGGUACUGGCCGGGAUACCCUCCGCUGCCUGGCCUUAGCCACCCGGGACCACCCACUCAGGAAGGAGCAGCUGAAACUCGAGGACCCCGGUCUGUUUGCCGAGUAUGAGAUGGACCUGACGUUUGUAGGCUGUGUGGGAAUGCUGGACCCACCACGGAAGGAGGUUACUGACUCAAUCCGGCUGUGCCAGCAGGCAGGGAUCCACGUCAUCAUGAUCACUGGUGACAACAAGGGCACAGCCGUGGCCAUCUGCCGGCUGAUUGGCAUCUUCGGGCCGGACGAGGAGGUGGGCCUCAAGGCCUUCACCGGCCGGGAGUUCGACGAGCUGAGCCUGGAGGCCCAGAGUGCAGCCGUGCAGAACGCUCGCUGUUUCGCACGGGUAGAGCCCUCGCACAAGUCCAAAAUCAUCGAGUUCCUACAGUCGCUGGACGAGGUCACGGCAAUGACAGGCGACGGAGUGAACGACGCUCCCGCCUUGAAGAAGGCGGAGAUCGGAAUUGCCAUGGGAUCCGGCACGGCCGUGGCCAAGAGUGCCUCAGAGAUGGUGCUGGCCGAUGACAACUUUUCCACCAUUGUGGCCGCGGUAGAGGAGGGGCGGGCCAUCUACAACAACAUGAAGCAGUUCAUCCGUUACCUCAUCUCCUCCAACAUCGGCGAAGUGGUCUGUAUAUUCCUGACUGCUGCCAUCGGCAUCCCCGAGGCUCUGAUCCCAGUCCAGCUGCUGUGGGUGAACCUGGUGACGGACGGCUUGCCCGCCACAGCCCUAGGCUUCAACCCCCCUGACCUGGACAUCAUGAGCAAGCCUCCCCGCAGCCCCAAGGAGCCUCUCAUCAGCGGCUGGCUCUUCUUCCGCUACCUGGUUAUCGGAGUUUACGUGGGAGCAGCGACUGUCGGAGCUGCGGCCUGGUGGUUCAUGGCAGCUCAGGAUGGGCCGCAGGUCAACUUCUACCAGCUGGUGAGUCCCUGCUUCCCAUUAUAUAUAUAUUCCGCACCCCUCCCGAGCCUGGGCUUGCAGCCCUCCUCUUCCCCAAGUGCUGGCUCUGCUAGUGUCCGAGGGGACUGA